CACAGACUGGGGUAGAAGAACUAUAUGAAGGGUUGCCUUAUUUGGAUUGAAAGCAUUGGAGAAGCUACUAAGCAAAAGAUAGUCUGAAGGAUUCUUUUUUUUUUUUUUUUGGCGGUUUCAUCCCCUGGUGGUUAUGUAAAGAAUUGCCUUGAAAGAUCCUUUUAUUCAUCGCCUGGAAUAAAAAGAAGUGCUAACAAAGCACUCCUUAAUAACUGCCUUUUGCACCCUUUGCAAAUUCACAUCCGAAAGAGUGAGAGAGUUCACAGAAAAGAUGGCUGGAGGAGCUUUUGUUGGGCCAAGUACGGGGGGGAACUAUGAAGGUCGUGUCACUACCUUCGUUAUCACCACCUGUUUGGUUGCUGCCAUGGGUGGUCUCAUUUUCGGUUAUGACAUUGGUAUCUCAGGUGGGGUGACUUCUAUGGACUCAUUUCUCAAGAAAUUCUUCCCAUCUGUGUACCACAAAGAGAACGAAGAUCAUCGAGAGAGCAUGUACUGCAAAUUUGAUAGCCACUGGUUGCAAUUGUUCACAUCUUCUCUCUACCUUUCUGCUUUGGUAGCCUCCUUCUUUUCCUCUACGGUUACCAGACUAUUCGGCCGUAAAAUCUCUAUGUUGUCUGGAGGGUUGGUCUUCCUUGUUGGUGCCUUUCUUAAUGGUGCUGCCGCCAAUGUAGCAAUGCUUAUACUUGGUCGUUUGUUGCUUGGUGUUGGUAUUGGCUUUGCUAAUCAGUCUGUUCCAAUUUAUCUAUCUGAAAUGGCACCAGCAAAGAUUAGAGGAGCGCUUAAUAUUGGUUUCCAAAUGGCCAUUACAAUCGGUAUCCUUGCUGCAAAUCUCAUUAACUACGGAACAUCAAAGAUCAAAGAAGGAUAUGGCUGGAGAAUUUCUUUGGCUCUUGCAGCUGUCCCCGCUAUAAUGAUGAUUGUUGGAUCAUUUUUCCUUCCAGACACUCCCAAUUCUAUCCUUGAGAGAGGCCACCCCGAGAAAGCGAAGAAAAUGUUGCAAAGGAUUCGCGGCACGAACAAUGUUGAAGUAGAAUUCCAAGACCUUGCAGCCGCAAAUGAGCUUGCGAAGAGAGUGGAACACCCAUGGAAAAACAUCUUGCAGCCAAGAUAUAGGCCUCAGCUUGUCAUUUGCAUAUUGAUUCCAUUCUUCCAGCAAAUUACUGGAAUCAAUGUCAUCAAUUUUUAUGCACCUGUUCUCUUCAAGACCUUGGGUUUCGGAGAUGAUGCUUCACUUAUGUCUGCAGUUAUCACGGGCAUAGUUAAUGUUGUCUGUACAGCUGUUUCCAUCUACUCAGCUGAUAGGUUUGGGAGAAGAAUUUUGUUCCUUGAAGGAGGCAUUCAGAUGAUUAUUUGCCAGAUACUUGUUGCAGUCAUGAUAGGCAUCAACUUUGGAACAAAUGGUGUAGGAGAAAUGUCAGGUAGCACAGCCAACUUUGUACUGUUCUUGAUAUGUGCUUAUGUUGCAGCAUUUGCCUGGUCUUGGGGUCCAUUGGGAUGGCUAGUGCCUAGUGAAAUCUGCCCUCUUGAGAUUAGAUCAGCAGGGCAAGCCAUCAAUGUCUCAGUCAACAUGUUCUUCACUUUCCUCAUUGGCCAGUUCUUCCUAACCAUGCUCUGCCACUUGAAGUUUGGUCUAUUCUUGUUCUUUGCUGGCUUUGUUGUUAUCAUGACCAUCUUCAUUUACUUCUUCUUGCCCGAGACAAAGAAUGUCCCAAUUGAAGAAAUGAACACUGUUUGGAAGGCACAUUGGUUCUGGGGCAAGUACAUCCCUGAUGAUGCUGUCAUUGGAGGCCAAAACUUGAAGGAGCUGACUGCGUGAAAUGAGCUUGUACAAAUAGUAAAGGUAGCACCGCGCACGGAUUUGAUUGUGAGCGUUGGUUGUAAUUGUUAAAAGUUUAGGUUUUUUUUUUUUUUUUUCUUCUCGUACAAAAGCCUGUUAUCUAGUUCUUCUUCUUCAUUGAAAAUAGAGACCUCAUAAAAUCUGGAACUCAUCGAACUUGUUCAAUACAUCACAAUUUAAUUUCCCUCUAGAAAAUUUAAUAUCAUCGUCAAUCUUACAUU